CAUAUCGGUGUGACAAACCCAAGUAACGGGUUUGUUUAUAGAGAUAAGAAUUUAUAUUACUAAACGAAUUAUUUAUAACAAAAACAAAAAAUCAUUUGUUAUGAUGAAGUUAAAGCUAAUGGACAUACUGCUGCAUACCUCAGAAGGAAAAAAAUAACCUAAACAUAACUAAUUAUUAGUAAAACUAUAGUCGAAUCAACCCAUAAAAGCGACAAGAAAUAAUUUCACAAUAAAUUAUUGUCGAAACCAAAUUCUCAUUAAAUGACUAAAAUGUCGACGAUAUAUGAUACAAAUACUAAAAUUUGGUAUGGCUGGCCUAGAGAAGAAGAAAGCCUGGAUGAAAGUGUUUCGGUGGGUGAGUGGGCUUUGCGUAUGAUGCGUAAUAAAUCAUCAAAUGAAAUAUGUCAAAUUAGCGAUCCAGACAAUACGCAUCUAAAGUAUCACGAAGCUCUAACCAAUGCCAUACAACUGGCUAAACAGAUGCGUAAGUGGCAAUUGACUUGUUAUGAUAUCAUUGGUGUUGUUGCAACAAAUAGCAAGUAUUUGAUGCAAAUCAUAUUGGCUGCCUGGUUCAAUGGUCUAGCCUUUCAUGCCAUCAAUCCCGAAGAGAAUGUAGAGGCAAUUCAUUAUAUGCUGAAUAAAACCAAACCAAAAGUUAUAUUUUGUGAUGGUUUGUAUUUGGAUAAAUUACAAAUGACUCUUCACACUUUGUAUCCCAUUGUCUGUACAGUAUGUAAUCAUGUUGCUGAUGAUUUGGAUGUUUUUAAAAUAGAGGAGCUUUUGAGUGCGGAUGAUGAAAAUGAGAAUUUAUUUAGUACAGAACCUUUGAGGGAGGGAUGUGAUCAAACUAUGGCGAUUUUAUGCUCCUCGGGAACUUCGGGUCUACCCAAAUGUGUUCGUAUAACAAAUAAAAUGUGUCUUACGAAUUAUGGCCUUCUCUCUGAAAAAUCAUUAACGGUGUUCUCAUUUUGCAACAUUGAUUGGAUAUUUGGCUUCCAUGGUCUCUUAAGCAACAUCCUACAUGGAAACUUACGCAUUAUAACUUCUCAACCCUAUACUCCCGAAUAUAUGACCCAUAUAAUCUGCAAAUAUAAAGUCAAUUGUUUGCUAGCAACAUCUCAACAAAUCUCACAAUGCAUCAACUUUGAACCACAAUUACUUGAAUCUCUGAAAUUCGUGCUCAUAUCCGGCUCAACAUGUUUUAAAACAAAUUUACAACAAAUACGUUCCACUCUCCAGCAAGCAACUGUGAUAAAUAUUUACGGGACCUCUGAAUGUGGUGGUAUAUCAGCCAAUUUUGGUGAUUACAAAAUAAAAUCAGUGGGACAAUUAUUUUCCAAUGUGGAGUUAAAAAUUGUAGACGAAGCUUCGGGUGAAAAGUUAGGUCCUUAUGAAAUUGGCCUAUUGUGUGUAAAGAAUAAAUUUUACCCUAAUGAAAUGGCUUAUUACGGUGAUGUGGGUGCUUUUUACAAAAUUUUAGAUGCUGAAGAUUAUAUCAUAACCGGAGAUUUGGGUUUUAUGGAUUCAGAACAUUAUUUAUAUUUAUCGGAUCGUCGCGAGAUUGUAUUGCAAUAUCAAAAUUAUUAUUAUUCACCCUAUGAAUUUGAGGUGAUUGUGGCUGAGCUUAAGGGUGUUCGAGAUGUAAGUGUUGUGGGUGUUCAGGAAGAGGGCAAAGGUGAUGUACCAGCUUGUGUGAUAGUGAAGGAAGAAGGAUGUAGUCUUACUUCGAGAGAUGUUAUGAAUUAUGUAAAUUUAAGGAGAAGUUCUUUACAUAAUUGCUUCGAUUAUGGUGUGUUUUUCGUUAAGGAAAUACCCAGAAAUCAUAAUGGAAAGGUAUUAGUUAAGGAAGUGGUAGAAAUGUGUAAAAACUUUAAAAAGUAAACAGACUGAGUAUUAAUUUAAGAAUAUAGAAAUAAGAAAUAUAAUAAAUAUUUAUUACCUAAACUUAAUAAACUUUAUUUUAGCAUAGUCCCUUAUAUCGUUAAGUCAGGGCACUGAACUGUAGUAAGUCCUAUUGGAUCUUUAUAUCUUAACUAUCUAACGUUUAAUCUUCGUG